AUGAACCCAUCCGCAGCAUUCCCAAAGGCCGCGGCCCUCCCCGCGCGCCUGCUGCGGGCGCCCUCGACAUGUUCCACACAAACGUCGGCCUCUAGCAUCUGCUCGGUCGGUCAGAAGCGGAGUUAUCAUGCAUCGUGCGCGUCUCCCACCAGACGCCUCCGUCAAGCAGUAUACAAGAGAAAAUCUUCCGAUCCGUUCGUUACUCGGCCUUUCCACUCUACCGCUUCCCUUUCGAUCGCCGAUCCCUACAAAACCCUCGGUGUAGACCAGAAGGCCUCGGCCGGUGAUAUCAAGAAGGCGUACUAUGGCAUGGCCAAGAAGUAUCACCCCGAUACAAACAAAGAACCGGAUGCGAAAGAAAAGUUUGCCGAAGCCCAGACCGCCUACGAGUUGUUGUCCGAUGCGAAGAAGCGCGAGAAUUACGAUCGAUUCGGCUCCGCUGCUUUUGACCAGAACGGUGGAUUUGAUCCCAGUGGAGGCAACCCAUUUGCAGGCGCCGGUGGCUUCCAUGGAUUCGGGGGAGGCUUUGGAGGUGGUGGUUUUGGAGGUGGAUUUGCCCAGGAUAUCAACUUUGAGGAUCUUUUCGGUGCCUUUACUGGAGGGGCUCGUCGGGGUCCUCGCGGCCGCCGCAACCCAUUCCAGGAGCAAAUCCUUGUGGGCGAAGACAUCGAAGUGCAGAGCAACAUCUCUUUCAUGGAUGCGGCUAAGGGUACCUCGAAGGAUAUUGUCAUCACCCCCUUGACACAGUGUGGAACCUGCUCUGGUGAUGGCCUGAAGUCCGGCGCUAAAAAGUCCCAGUGCCGCCAGUGCAAUGGAACCGGUACACGGGUUCAUCUCAUGCAGGGUGGCUUCCAGGUCGCAGCAACAUGUGAUGCCUGUGGAGGAGCUGGCAUGACUGUCCCUCGUGGUUCUGAGUGCGGAACCUGCCAUGGUAACGGGGUCGUCCGAGAGCGCAAGACUAUCAAGGUUGAUAUCCCUGCCGGUGUUGAUAACGGCAUGCGAAUGAGAGUUACGGGUGAGGGUGAUGCUCCUCCAACUGGAACAGCCGCUCCUUCGGGCUCCCGCACUCAGCGCGGUGAUCUCUAUGUGACCAUUCGGGUUGCCCCUGACCAUCGUUUCAGUCGUUCCGGCGACGACAUUCUCUACACAGCGACCCUUCCCCUCACAACUGCCCUGCUGGGUGGUGAAGUGACCAUUCCUACCCUCGACAAUGAGGUCAAGGUGAAGGUGGCCACUGGUACUGGUACCGGUGAUCGGAUUACCUUGACGGGAAUGGGCAUGAAGAAGAUUGGUGGUGCCCGCGCCCGUAUCCAGCCCACCGGUGACUUGAAGGUGGAGUUCAAGGUCGCGAUGCCCAAGUACCUCACGGGUAACCAGCGAACCAUUUUGGAGGUUCUUGCUGACGAGAUGAACGAUAAAACGGCGCGUCGGACAAUGAACUUCAGCAAGGAAAGCUCGCCAUCGAACGCUGAAUCCACCGGAGAUGGGGCGAAAAAUGAAGGAUUUCUGAAGUCUGUCUGGCAUAAGCUGAUGGACAAGAACGGUGAUGCCUCCAAGCCUGAGACCAAAGACGCAAAAGACGCCGACAAGAAAGAAACCGGCAAGGACGACUCGAAGAAAUCGAGUUAA